AUGGCCUUGGACUGCGUGAUAUCUGACACCUUCCAGCGCACCAAAAGACAAAGCAAAGCUGAUUUGCGCCACGAAAUCAACCAGUUGAAGCGCAAGUUGAUGAUGGAAAAGAAUUCCUCGGAUUCUUCGAAUGCACAGUUUGGCCCAAAUUCAAUCAACGUGAACGGAUCAGGCUCGCUUCAUCCCUUGUUGGAGAGCUCCCCUAGUCACUCGACUCCGAUCUCAAAAGGCGCUUCCUCUACGGCCAGGAUCAAUGCAGUACCCUCGCAGAAAUGGAAUCUCACAGGACCAGAAAACCUGGCCUUCAGUGUUUCAUUGGUUGAUCCAAGCAUACUUUUACCCAGUCCUAAAUGCGACCUCACGACCACCUCUGCUCGGUCACGCCCUGGACGUACUAAGGCCGACCCAUCCUCUUUCAAAGGCGAGACAAGUGCCCAAGCUUUGGGUGACUUUGAAGUCGAAGGAAACAAAAUCGCGGAUUGUUUUUCGUUGUUCUAUAAACAUUACGCGCCAUGGCUCCCAGGCGUAUUUGAUCCGGCCAUAACACCUGACGAACACUAUCAAAACUCCACUCUCCUAUUCUGGGUCAUCGUGUUUGCUGCCCUCCAAGCGAUUUUGCUCCUCUGUGCCUGGCCGUUGCCUGUGAGAACGUCGUUCAAGGAUCCGUCUCCGGCUCUUGCAGGUAUGGCCAUGCAGCUUGCAAUUCAGAAUGGACUACAUACGUUUUGCGAAGAGGAGGAAUUUGCAAGCAGGCCGACCGCUCGGGAGCCUAUAGUCGGCCUUCCGGCGGUGAGACUGGUGAGGAUGGAAGCCAGUCCUGCGACGACUGGUCGGAGAAUCAAACUAGCGUUCCGGACAAGUCAUGGUGUUCCAAAGGUUCACACCCCCGUUUCCACAAAUAUUUGCGACGGUUUGCCGUUCAUGGCUAUCCCGGGUAACGAGGGUAUGGAACGGCGACAAACAAUCGAGGAGUUGCUUGAUGGAGUUUUGAACUAUAGAUACAAAGUGCACCUUAUUCAGACAGAGGCUCUCACCGUCAUUCGCCGCAAUAUCGACCUUGAAGCGCCGUGUGCUGGAUCUGAUCUGAUUUCGCUAAUCAACAUCUUUGACGGCCAGCUCCAGCAUGCCAUACCCGAUUCUCAGGACUCGAUAGGGAUAAUCACGCGUAAUUGCGCAAGACUGCUGAUUCUUUCUUUUUAUUUCUUCGUCGAGACCAGGGAAGCCGAUCCACAAGGGUUCCUGAAAUUAUACACAGUCGCUAAGGAAAUCAUCGAGCUCGCCUCUGAUUUGGACACCAAUGGCGACUUUGCUCGUUAUAUGACGCAAUACCACGCACGAAUUAUCACUUUGGCGGCUUACUGUAUCCUCCGGAUUUGGAAGAGCCCGCUAAGACAGGAUCUUCACCUGCGGAAUGCCGACGGAGUCUUCUUCAAAGCGAUCGAUAUCUCACGGGAAAGGUCUAUCCAGAGUGGCGAUCUUGACUCCUUGAACAGCAUCAUGCUGACCAAGUUGUGGUCCAGCAACAAGAUCUUUUUGCGUCCUGACGGAACAAGAAAUAGUUUGCAAUUGGAUCUUCGAGGUAGAUUGUCAAUGAGCGUUGUCUUCGAUUGUUUUUGGUGGUGGCGCCACGAGUUUGGCGCCUGCGUGAAUGAUUCAGUAGGGCAGUCAGACUCCGACAAGGGUUUGAAUACUCUGAAAUCGGGAAGAGAUAGGAAGAUGGCGCUUGAAGCAGCAAAUGGACCUUUGGAACCCCUUGAAAAUGCCACUGUCAUCCCAGAACCCACGCUAGCAUACACUGCGCUGGAUUUUUCAGAUUUCCCAGACUGGGAUUGGACCGCGAAUUUGGGUCCCUUGGAAGGUAAACCCCGGGUCUUCCUUCAUUAUAGCCCGGGAGAUCUGACCUGGUGA